AUGCUACAAUCUGUGGUAUUUGCCAACAUACCGCAGCUUGCGGUUACAAUAUGCUACUACUGCUACAACGCGGUACUGACUAGUAUGCUAGCUGCUGCUGAGUAUAGCUCCUACGGAAUCGAACGCAAGGUGCUCCGUGUCACUUGGCCUGUCAAGAGUAGCCAACAGCGAUCGACAUAUUGGCUCAGAAUUCCGUACUGCUACAGCGUGCCUGUUCUUCUCCUAUACAUGACCCUCCACUGGACAAUUUCCCAAUCAAUCUUCUAUCUGGAGAAAGUUACAUACACAGCGCUCGACCGAGAAUUAUGGAGUACCAGUAGUCUAGGCUACUCCUCUACUUUGAUCCUCUUUUCGGUCUUAGUCGGGGUUGUUAUGAUACUUACAUUGUGUAUAUUGAGACUCAGGCGACUCAAGUCAAACGCCCCAUUAGCGGCAUCUUGUUCUGCUGCCAUCAGUGCCGCCUGUCAUCCACCCACCCAUGAGAACCUAGAUGUUGCAAUCCGGGGAAAAUUGAAGUGGGGUCAGACCACUAGCCUGCCGGUCGAGUCGAUCAACUCCGAAGGGGAUGAACUGGGAAAGGGACACUGCAGCUUCACGUCAUCGGGCACCGUGGAGCCCACUCUAACGAAGCGAUACGCUUGA